GUGGGGAAACAUGGCGGCGGCCGCUCGGGACUCACGUGUGGGUGUGGGGAAAAAGCCGAAAAAUUCCCUAAAGAAGAAGCAGGGGAAGAAGAUGCAAAUGGUAGCCAGGGCAGUAGCUUCGGAGUUGGAAGACGAGGGCAGAGACGCUGCCGACGGUGGAGGUUCUGCAAGAAGUUUUGGAUCGGAAAAGGAUCACUUUUCUUCAGAUGAAGCAGUGGAAGCUGACAAUGAAGAUGAAGUUGAACCCUAUGGCAAUGGAAAUGAAAAUGCCGCAGAAGCUAGUGUUGGAACUGACAUGGGCUGGGCAGAUGCCAUGGCUAAAAUUCUUAACAGAAAAACUCCUAAAAGUAAACCCAGUAUUCUGGUAAAAAACCGAGAGCUGGAAAAGGAAAAAGAAAAGUUAAAGCAAGAGAGACUGGAGAAGAGGAAACAGCUUGAUAAGAAGCGAGAAUGGGAAAUGAUGUGCAGAGUAAAGCCAGAUGUUGUCAAAGACAAAGAAACAGAGAGGAAUCUUCAGAGAAUUGCAACAAGGGGUGUGGUACAGUUAUUUAAUGCUGUUCAGAAGCAUCAAAAGAAUGUUGAUGAAAAGGUUAAAGAAGCUGGAAGCUCUAUUAGAAAACGUGCUAAGUUGAUAUCAACUGUUUCCAAGAAAGAUUUCAUCAGUGUUCUGAGAGGAAUGGAUGCAAGUACAAGUGAAAAAAGUUCGACUGGAAAGAACUUGAAAGCCAAACAGACUGAAGCAAAAUCAGAAGAGAGCCCUGGAUGGACAAUCUUACGUGAUGAUUUCAUGAUGGGAGCGUCCAUGAAAGACUGGGACAAAGAAAGUGAUGGCGUGGAUAACAGUGAACCAGGGUCUGGAAGUGACUUUGAUACAUAAGACCAGAGGAAACCCAAUGUAUGAUCAUUGUAUUUUUCCUAGAAAAAUACUUGAUGCUCUCAAAGUUGGACAGUUCUGAAGCUAUCACUUGUAAGAACACCAAAAGACUUUUACUAUUACCAACUUUGAUGUUUUCUCUUUACAUGAAAACUUUGUUAAAAUUAGGUUUUUCAAACCAUGUAUGAUUUUAAGUAUUGUUUCUCAAACAUUUGUAAAAAAAGUAUUUUUGCUUGACCAGCAAGAUGCACAUUUUUGCCAGGAUCAUUUUAAGUUUACAUCUUGGUCAUGGAUAUUGGUGUUUUCUUUCAGUGUCAGCAGUUUCUAGAAAUACAGUGCUUUUUAUAAUUAAAAUGAACUUCUUGAAAUCUA